AGGAGAAACACCGGAGAACUGAGGGUCUAUUAGAAGACAAGCAAUCUGGAAGAUUGGAAUCAACAUGUCUACCGGACAUACUACAGAAUCUUCAAUAAAGGCAGCAGCUACUCUGGGUUGACCACUGCAACACCUUCAGGCAGAGGUCUCAGUUUGGAUGCUGCUGACAUCGCUGUGGUUGUUGUCUACUUUAUCUUUGUGAUGGUGGUUGGAAUCUGGAUUCUCUCUCUCACAGUUGAGGUGUACCUACGAUGAAAACUACAGAACUGUCAAUUCUCUAAGAACCACGUCACAGUUUAGGUUUCCAUUUGCCAGAAAAAUGCCCAAGCACAUCUACUACGAAAAUGAUCUGCAGUUUAAGCGUUGAGAGAUCGCUGCAUCCUGGGAGCUCAUCCCUGGUUGGAGUCACUGGGCUGAUUUAUCCAAUUCAUCAGUGCGAGCCAAUCGCAGUACUAUAGGGGGGUACUUCCUGGCUGGCCGUUCAAUGACCUGGUUUCCUAUUGGAGCCUCUCUGAUGUCCAGCAAUGUUGGCAGCGGUUUGUUUAUUGGUCUAGCAGGAACAGGAGCAGCUGCAGGCAUCGCUGUCGGGGGAUUUGAAUGGAAUGCAGCGUGGGUUCUAGUGGCUCUUGGUUGGAUUUUUAUCCCUGUCUACAUUGCUGCUGGUGUGGUGACCAUGCCAGAAUACCUUGCCAAACGCUUCGGGGGCAAGAGGAUACGCAUAUAUAUGUCUGUGUUGUCACUGAUCCUCUACAUCUUCACCAAAAUAUCUACAGAUAUCUUUUCAGGGGCAUUGUUUAUCCAGGUGUCACUGGGCUGGGAUCUUUAUCUGUCCACAGGUAUACUGCUGCUGGUCACUGCUGCUUACACUGUGGCAGGUGGUUUAACAGCAGUGAUCUAUACCGAUGCGCUCCAGACUCUGAUCAUGGUCGGGGGAGCCUUUGCACUAAUGUUCAUAGCAUUCUCCAGAGUUGGCUGGUAUGAAGGCCUUGUGAACCAUUACAUGUCCGCUGUUCCCUCAGUGACAGUCACCAACACCACCUGCCACCUACCUCGUAGCGAUGCCUUCCAUAUGUUCAGAGACCCUGUGUCGGGGGAUUUACCAUGGCCAGGUCUGGUGUUUGGGCUCACAGUACUGGCAACGUGGGUUUGGUGCACUGAUCAGGUUAUAGUCCAGCGGUCUCUGUCAGCCAAGUCUUUGUCUCAUGCCAAAGGAGGCAGUGUGCUGGGAGGCUACCUUAAACUGCUGCCCAUGUUCUUCAUUGUCAUGCCAGGCAUGAUCAGCAGAGCACUGUUCCCAGACGAGGUAGGUUGUGUGGAUCCGGUGGUGUGUCAGAGUGUGUGUGGAGCUUCUGUCGGUUGUUCCAACAUUGCUUAUCCUAAACUAGUGGUAGAGCUAAUGCCUGUGGGCCUUCGUGGUCUGAUGCUAGCAGUGAUGUUAGCUGCUUUGAUGUCAUCUCUCACCUCCAUCUUUAACAGCAGCUCCACUUUGUUUACACUGGACCUUUACCACCGAGCCCGGCCUAAAGCGUCUGAGAGGGAACUCAUGAUUGUUGGAAGGGUGUUCAUCCUGGUCUUGGUGUGUGUUAGUCUUUUGUGGAUUCCAGUCAUCCAGACAGCCAACAGUGGACAGCUGUUUGACUAUAUCCAGUCAGUUACCAGCUUUCUAGCCCCCCCCAUUACCGCUGUGUUCCUAAUGGCUAUCUUCUGGGAACGUACCAAUGAGCAGGGUGCAUUCUGGGGUCUGAUGACUGGACUUGUGGUAGGAAUGGUCCGCAUGAUCAUGGAGUUCUCCUACGCGCCUCCUUCCUGUGGUCAGCCUGAUCAUCGGCCUGCUGUCCUGGCUGAUGUCCACUACCUGUACUUUGCUCUCAUCCUGUUGGCUCUCAGCUGCAUUAUCAUUGUUGUUGUCAGCCUGGCUACUGCCCCAAUACCUAAACAACAUCUGUACAGGCUGACCUGGUGGUCCAGAUAUAGCCAAGAGCCUCGGAUCGACCUCGCAGGUCUCCAGAUAACUUCUGACUCAGUGAACUCUGACGCUCACUCUGACGCUCACUCUGACCAGGUGCCAGAGUCCUGGUGGUGCAGAGCUGCUCUUCGGGUUUGUGGUCUGACAGGUACGGGUUCUGGCUCCAAACCCCAAGUGAGUGAAAACAGUGAACUGAACUCCCUCCAGGAGGAGCCGCUCUGGAGUAGAGUCUGCAGUGUUAACGCCCUGCUGCUACUUGUUGCCAAUGUUUUUCUCUGGGGCUACUUUGCUUAAUGUGUAGUUUACAUCAAACCCCCAACAGGUUGUUAUGAGUAAGAUGAGACUAGUGUGUUGAGCUGGUGUUUGAUCUUAAACUGAGAAUGUUUCAGGAAACAAAAGAAAUAAAUGAAAUAACCCAA